AUGGGAGAUGGUGUGACUCCUCCACUUCUGAUAACAGAGAGAAACACAACGAUGUUGCGUGUCAAGGAAGAAGUGAAGAAACAGCUAUGGCUCUCUGCUCCUCUCAUUGGUGUAAGCCUCCUUCAGUACUCUCUCCAAGUCAUCUCCGUCAUGUUCGUUGGCCAUCUCGGUUCUCUUCCUCUCUCCGCCGCCUCCAUCGCCACCUCCUUUGCCUCCGUCACCGGUUUCACUUUCCUCUUGGGAACAGCGAGUGCGUUGGAGACGCUAUGUGGCCAAGCGUACGGAGCAAAGCUAUACGGUAAACUAGGCAUUCAGAUGCAGAGAGCAAUGUUUGUUCUUCUCAUACUCUCUGUUCCUCUCUCUAUCAUAUGGGCCAACACUGAACAUAUACUCGUGCUUGUACACCAAGACAAAGCCAUUUCAAGUGUUGCUGGCUCGUAUGCUAAAUACAUGAUACCGAGUCUCUUCGCGUACGGGCUGCUUCAGUGUAUCAACAGGUUCUUACAAGCGCAGAACAAUGUGUUCCCUGUGUUUGUCUGCUCUGGAAUCACCACUUGUCUUCACUUGCUUCUUUGUUGGUUGUUUGUGUUGAAGACUAGUUUGGGAUACAGAGGAGCUGCUCUCGCGAUUUCCAUCUCUUACUGGUUUAAUGUUAUUCUACUAUCUUGUUACGUUAAGUUCUCUGCUUCUUGCUCGCAUAGCUGGACCGGGUUUUCGAAAGAGGCGUUUCAUGAGAUUUAUGAUUUUUCUAAGAUUGCUUUUCCUUCAGCAGUUAUGGUCUGUUUGGAGCUAUGGUCCUUUGAGCUUCUGGUUUUAGCUUCAGGGCUUCUUCCUAACCCGGUUUUAGAAACUUCUGUUCUUUCAAUCUGUCUAAACACUUCACUAACAAUCUGGCAAGUAUCAGUUGGUCUUGGUGGUGCUGCGAGUAUAAGAGUCUCGAACGAGUUAGGAGCAGGGAACCCACAAGUGGCGAAACUGGCUGUAUAUGUCAUUGUAAGUAUAGCAGUUGCCGAGGGUAUUGUGGUUGUUACCGUUUUGCUGUCUAUACGGAAGGUUCUUGGUCGAGCUUUUAGCAGUGAUCCGAAAAUCAUCUCAUAUGCUGCAUCGAUGAUACCUAUUGUUGCAUGUGGAAACUUCCUUGAUGGUCUCCAAUGCGUUCUCUCAGGGGUUGCUAGAGGAUGUGGAUGGCAGAAAAUUGGAGCAUGUGUAAAUCUUGGAUCAUAUUAUCUUGUGGGAGUUCCGUUAGGCUUAGUGCUCGGUUUUCAUUUCCACAUUGGUGGUCGGGGGCUUUGGCUUGGAAUUGUAACAGCACUAGCUGUUCAGGUGUUGUGUCUGUCCUUGGUCACUAUAUUCACGAACUGGGAUAAGGAGGCAAAAAAAGCUACAAACAGAGUUGGAGACAAAGACGAAAAAGGUGAUUAUGUUGAACAAUCAAUUCCAAGAUGA